AUGACAUCGGUUGCGAACACAAACCAGCGACAGCCGCUAGAAGGGACGGAAACCGAGGAGUAUAAAUACAAAUUAAAAUGUCAGGAUCUCAAAAGAAGAAUCCAGGAGAUUGAUGAAUACAAUGAGCUAAUGAUGGUGUCAAUAGACCGAACGAAACGGGCCAUUCAGAGAUUGAGACUCGAAAGAGCGUUAAUGCUUGAAAAAUUGGAAGAAAAGACCGAAACAAAUGCAGACGAAGAUUCUGAUAAAGCGCUGUCUCCGCCACUGUCACCGAUUCAACAGGAAUUGCUGAAGAAACAUGCUAGCGGAACGCUGCCUAGCUCAGGCAGAGGACAUGGUAAAGGUACAGGCAAAACUAAAGGCAAAUCAAAAGAGUCAAAAGCAAAGAGUAAUGGCGAACUGUCAGCCAAAUCCUCACGCUCUGAAAUUGGUGGAGAUGAGCAUAAUGAUGAGGAUCAUGACAAUGACAACGACAUCGACCAUGACCAUGACAAUGAGAAUGAUCACGAUGAUCAAGAUCAGGAUUUGGAUGAAAACGAUGGAGAAAACGAUGAAGAUGGACAACACGAUAGCGAAGACUAUAGGGGUGAUGAAGAGAGACAUGUAAAGGAGGAACUCGAUGGUGGAGACGCAUUCCCUGCCAGUCAUAGGAAGAAUUCAGUGAGUUCACAAAAAGAACCGAGGAAGCCAAGAAACGCCUUUUCGCUCUUCUGCGAUGCUGAACGGGAAUCAUUCCGACAAAAAUAUAUAGAGGAACAUCCAGAUGAAGAAGUGAAUGAGUCGGAUAUAAACCACCAACUGGCCAUUGCAUGGAAACGAGUCGGUAUGAAGAGCCGAAGCUAUUACUACGACAAAUACGAAGCUGAAAAGGCUCGCUACGAGCGAGAAAAGGCGGCAUUCACAGCCCAAGGUCAUCAACACGACGAUGUAGACGCGAAUGCUGAAGCAGAUGCCGAGACUCACGAAGAGACUGUGUCCGACGAGAAAACUCAAGAACCCGAAGCUCCUGAAACCAAAGAUGCAGACAACGAUGUACAAAUGGACGACGCAGAACCCACAAGAACCGAGCCAUCAGAAUCUACAGAACCGGCUGGUGAACCUCCUUCUGAAAGCGCUCAACCUGUCAAAGAUGAAACCACCUAG